AUGCCAGUACACCAUGGUGAGACUGGAGAACUGAUGAAGAAUCUUCCUGCACCAUGGAGUUUACGUCUUAAACGGAAGAAGUUGAUUGAGCUGCUGGGGAAAGACGUUGACAUCAAAUGGGGUAAACGAGUCGCUUCUAUCUGCACAGACGCCGAAACUGUGACAGCAACUUUUACAGACGGCACCAGCGAGAAAGGAAACCUCCUCAUCGGCUGUGAAGGUGCGCACUCAUUGACACGAGAAUUCCUACUCGGUCCUAAAGAGGCUGAGCUGCUCCUCUCGCCAUGUGUUGCAAGUGUGAUCAUCACAAGGAUAAGUAAACAAGCAAGUAUUGACUUGAGGGCGCUGCACCCGCGAUAUACCAUCACCUUCCACCCAAAUGGCACAUUCACAUGGAUGAGUAUCCACGAUUGCUCCUCCUCUGACCCAGGUGAAUGGACCUGGAUGCUAAUGCAAACCUGGCGAUCCGACGAAGAAACCGGCCUCAAAGGCGACAACAUCCUCCCCGCCAUGUACGAGCGCGGAAAAGCCUUCGGAUACCCCUUCAAUGAGGUCUUCGCGACCAUACCCCCACGAACACCAGUCUGGCAUAACAGACUUAGGUACUGGCCAACGAAACCGUGGGAUUCGAGGAAUGGGUUGGUUACACUUGCUGGUGAUGCGUCGCAUCCUAUGACUUUUCACCGCGGCCAGGGCCUCAACAAUGCCAUCACCGACGCCGCUGACUUCCUCGCGCACCUCCGCGCCAUGAAAGAGCACACACCAUCCGAGCUCGCCGCCACCGUCAAGCGGUACGAGACUGAGCUCUGGCCUCGAGGGAAUGAAGCCGUUUUGGCCAGUCAUGAGAACACAAAUGCCGUGCACGAUUGGAAAACAAUGAUGCAAAGCCCUCUCUUCACAUCCGGCCUUGCGAAAAAGGGGGACAAACCCACGAACGGGGACGAUGAGCAAGAGUAG